GAAAGCGACAGUGCUGUGUUAUAAGCGCACCUGAAAAGUAUACAUAAUUUUCCGCAGACUUAAGCAGUUAUCAUCUAAAAUGGGUGGCAAGUACAAAAUUGUUAUGGUCCGUCACGGCGAGUCCGAAUGGAAUCAGAAGAAUCAAUUUUGCGGCUGGUACGAUGCCAAUCUAAGCGACAAGGGCAAAGAAGAAGCUCUAGCCGCUGGAAAGGCCGUCAAGGAUGCCGGUUUGGAAUUUGAUGUAGCACACACUUCGGUGCUGACACGCGCUCAGGUAACGCUCGCUAGCAUCCUGCAGGCUAGUGGCCACAAGGAGAUCCCCAUCCAGAAAACUUGGCGCCUUAAUGAGCGUCACUAUGGUGGCUUGACUGGUCUGAACAAGGCCGAAACUGCCGCAAAAUAUGGCGAGGCCCAGGUACAAAUCUGGCGCCGGAGUUUCGACACACCCCCACCACCAAUGGAACCCGGUCAUCCCUACUACGAUACCAUUGUUAAGGAUCCCCGUUAUGCCGAUGGUCCCAAGCCCGAUGAAUUCCCACAGUUCGAGUCGCUGAAGUUAACCAUCGCGCGCACACUGCCAUACUGGAACGAUGUUAUCAUUCCACAAAUGAAGGAAGGCAAGCGUAUACUGAUUGCGGCUCAUGGCAACAGCCUGCGCGGCAUUGUUAAGCAUUUAGAUAACCUCUCUGAGGAUGCCAUCAUGGCUCUUAACUUGCCCACUGGCAUACCUUUCGUCUAUGAAUUGGACGAGAAUUUCAAACCAGUGGUUUCCAUGCAAUUCCUGGGUGAUGAAGAGACCGUCAAGAAGGCCAUCGAGGCAGUCGCUGCCCAAGGCAAGGCCAAGUAAACGAGCAAAAUCCAUAUACAAGCAUACAAUAGAGGCACAAAAUCGCUUAUCACGGCGAUUUAAGUUUAACCCUGACCGUUGACGCAACGCCGUCUCAACUACGCUUUGAAUCAUGAUUAAACAUUAUAGUUGUUGUUAUUCUCGUAGCAGUAAUUGGUUCAUCCCCACUACAGUUAAUAAAUAAUUUAUUAUAACAAACA